CGACGCUGUGAGAGAUCGCCAGAGACCAAAUCAAGAAUUUUCCCCUUCUCUUUCGUCCCCAACUCCCAGACCCGGCGAGCAGCGGUGGUAUCGACGAUCCACGAGGUUCGAGGUGGACCAGCAACAACAGGAGACGAUGGUGGAGGCGAGCGGUAUGGCGUGGAGCGGCGGUAGAGAGGAGCGGCAUUGGAGACCGACGACGGGAGAGACAAGACGGUGUUCUAGAAACGGUGGAGACGCGGUGGCCUGGCGGCUGUGGUAGAUCAACGACGAGGAAAGCGCGGCGGCGUUCUAGUGAUACGAUGGCGAAAGCAGUGUGUAACAACCUGCACAGCUGGCGUAACGACUUUACAGCUGGAGAUGACGUGGAAAGUGUAGAGAAGUAUAAAUAGCGAAAACAGUUCUGUAAUUGGCUAUCUUUGGACAAUCAUUCUUCUGUAAAACUUUACUCUUUAGAUAGAAAUAGAAUAGCUACUGCCUACUUCUCUCCCAAAUUAUUCGUCUUCCUCUCUUACUCUUUUCUCUAGCCAGAUAAUCCAUAUCCAGGUCCUUACAAGUGGUAAUCAGAGCCUUCAAUAUGGCAAUGGCUUCUCACACCUCCAGAAUUGUGGAUUUGGAGACGCAAAUGGCGUCUGUACAGCUUCAAUUGGAAUCUCAGCAUCAGGACUUGAAAUCUCAGCAUCAGGAGUUAAAGACCGCCAUUGCGGAGCUUGCUGCUUCCACGAAGGACAAUAUAGAUGCGUUGGCGGCGUCUUUCACUCGCAGUCGGGAGAAGUCUCCGAUCCGUUUGGCCCCGCAAUCGCAGGCUCCUUUUUCUGAUCAGCAACACUUUCGCGGCCAGCAGCAACGACGACCGUCGAUCUUGGAUCACUAUCCCCGGAUGGAGUUCUCUUAUUUUUCUGGUUCCGAUCCUCAUGUGUGGGUGAGCAGGUGUAACAAACUCUUUCAUCUUUACUCGAUUCCAGAAGAGCAGAAAGUUGAUUUGGUCUCUUAUUACCUGGAGGGACGGGCGUAUACAUGGUUUGAGGGUUGGUCUUUUCGUCGAUUACCGCUGAUUUGGGGUUAUUUCGUCGAUGAGCUGCUUCACCGGUUCGGGCAUCAGGAACAAUUGAAUGUGGUGGCGGCGUUCAACAAACUUCGGCAGACAUCCUCCGUGGCUCGCUAUCAAGAAGAAUUUGAGGACCUUCGCUCGAGGUUGCUCCGGUUGAAUCCAGAACUCAACGAGCACUAUUUCAUUAUGAGUUUUCUCGGUGGUUUAGAUGAUGAGAUUCAACCUAGGGUGCAGGUGCUCAAUCCUCCUACUCUAGCUUGUGCUUUUUACCAAGCACGGUUGGAGGAAUCUGCGAUCGAGGCUAGAAAGAAGAAGCUGCGUUCUGUUUCCUCUACUCGUUGGCCAGUUUCAGCUCCUGUAUCGUCGGGCAAGUCCUUUCCUCGAGACAUGCCAUCUCCUUCAUUAUCUUCAGGGGAGCGGAGCUCGAUUCCUCGAGGGAAGGGGCUCUGUUAUAAGUGUGGGGAUAAGUAUUUCCAUGGGCAUGUUUGUACCAAGAAGAGGCAGUUGCACGUGCUGCAAGCCGACGAGCCACUUUUUCCUAGUGAAGAAGAAGAGGGCGCUGAGGAAUUUCAGGACGCGGAAUUGGAAGUCUCGUUACAAUCUAUGGGAUCAGGCUUUGCUGGGAAUUCUCUGCUUAUUCCUGCAACUUCUGGUCGACGAGAGGUAACAGUUCUUAUCGAUACAGGCAGCUCCCACACCUUUCUUAAUUCGCUUAGAGCUCAGGAGUUGAACUGUGAGUCUGAGAAUAUAGCACCAAUGAGGGUGAAGGUUGCAAGUGGUCAUACGUUGCUAAGUGAUUCGGUCUGCAGGGGGUUCAGUUGGAAGAUGCAGGGGGAAGAGUUUGCUUUCGAUGUCCGAACUCUUGAACUACCUGCUCACGAUCUGGUGUUAGGUUGGGACUGGUUAGAGACGAUUAGUCCAUUUCAGGUGGAUUUGAAGAAAAGGCAGUUGACGUUUGAUUGGAAGGGACGAAGCUUGACGUUGCAAGGGCUUACCAAGGAGGGUCAAUGUAAAAUGAUUUCGGGACGAGCACUACAACAGAUCCUCCGAAAGUCUGAGUCUCAUAUCAUGGGGGUAGUUUUUCCCAUUGAAGCUAAGCCUCCUCCAACCCCUACCCCUGCUUUCUUGGAGCCAGUUCUUUCCCAAUUCUCAGACGUCUUUGCUACCCCUACCUCCUUACCUCCUUCACGAGCUUUUGACCAUGCCAUUCCUUUAUUGCCUAACACCAAACCCAUCAACAUAAGGCCAUACCGUUUUCCCCACCAUCAGAAGAAAGUAGCUGAAAAAAUGGUUGGGGAAAUGUUACAGUCCGAGUUCAUACAAGAAAGCCACAGUCCAUAUGCCUCACCUGUCUUGCUUAUUGGGAAAAAAGACGGCACUUGGAGGUUUUGUGUGGACUAUAGGGAACUUAACGCUGCAACCAUUAAGGACAAGUUUCCCAUACCCCAUAUCGAGGACUUGAUGGAUGAGCUUCAUGGUGCGAUUAUCUUCUCUAAGUUAGACUUGCGUGCUGGUUAUCAUCAGAUUAGGAUGAAGCCUGAGGAUCAAUAUAAGACUGCAUUUCGUACACAGCAGGGCCACUAUGAGUUCCGUGUUAUGCCGUUUGGUUUAACAAACGCCCCUGCCACGUUUCAAGCGUUAAUGAAUCAUGUGUUUGCUCGGCACUUACGCAAGUUUAUUCUAGUGUUUUUUGAUGACAUCUUGGUUUAUAGUAGUUCUGCCGAGGAGCAUGAGCAGCACCUCACUAUCACUUUGCAGCUACUGAGGCAACACCAGUUGUAUGCGAAAGAGUCGAAGUGCUCUUUUGGUCAAUCUCAGGUUGAGUACCUAGGCCAUAUAAUUAGCGGGGAUGGAGUAUCUACUGAUCCGGGCAAGAUUGAAGCAAUGAGAAAUUGGCCACGACCUCAAUCAAUUAAAGGGUUGCGCGGGUUCCUUGGUUUGACAGGAUAUUACCGCAAAUUUGUUAAGCAUUACGGAGAUAUUAGUCAACCUUUGACUGAACUACUUUGCAAGAAUGGAUUUGUUUGGAAUGCUGCUGCAGAAGAGGCAUUUGCAGCUCUGAAAACUGCUAUGAUGACAGCUCAUGUGCUCGCUCUACCAGACUUUUCUCGGCCUUUUGUGUUAGAGACAAAUGCUUGUGGUGUUGGGGUUGGCGCUGUACUGUCUCAAGGGGGCAGACCACUGGCUUAUUUCAGUAAAGCCUUGUGUGUGAAGAACCAAGGUCUUAGCACAUACGAAAAGGAAUAUUUGGCCGUGUUAUUGGCUGUCGACCAUUGGCGCCAUUACCUGGAGGGCAGGACAUUUACAAUACUUACAGACCACGAAAGUUUGAAGUUUCUAAUGGGGCAAAAAGUCCACACAGCCAUUCAUAAGAAGGGCCUGGUUAAAUUGAUGGGACUGGACUUUCAAAUCAAAUACAGGAAAGGUAAAUACAAUGGGGCAGCUGAUGCUCUCUCUCGCUUGUUUGAUGAUGAAUUGGAAGAAGUCAAGUGUGGUGCCCUGACUUCUGUACUUCCUGAAUGGUUGGUGGAAAUUGAGCAAACUUAUGUUGGAUACAAUGAAGUGACCAACUUGAUCACGACAGCUGCGGUGCACACUCAAGGGCCCUCUCUUUGGUCCUUUGCUGCUGGUAUUUUGCGUUACAAAGGCGCCAUUGUAGUGGGAUCUGCAGGUGUUCUUCGUUCCAAGCUCCUGCAUCUUUUUCAUUCUUCACCUGUUGGAGGGCACUCAGGCGUCCAGGUCACUUACCAACUUAUUAAGCCCUACUUCUAUUGGCCGGGUUUGAAAGCAGCAGUACGACAAUGGGUGUUGGGCUGUGAUGUGUGUCAACGUUGUAAGGAGGAAACAAUGGCUUCUCUUGGGCUGCUCCAGCCUUUGCCUGUUCCAACUAGGGCCUGGAAAGACGUGAGCAUGGACUUCGUCGAAGGAUUACCACUUUCACAAGGUAAACAAGUCCUUCUGGUGGUGGUCGAUCGGUUUACGAAAUCAGCGCAUUUCUUUGGAUUGAAGCAUCCAUAUACAACAUUCGAGGUCGCCCAAAUCUUCUUCGACGGUGUAUUCAAGUACCACGGGAUGCCUUCUACCAUCGUUUGUGAGCGGGAUGCCACUUUCACAAGAAAAUUUUGGACUGAGUUCUUCCAUCUUCAGCACACUGAUAUUCAUUAUUCCACUGCUUACCACCCUAAGACGGACGGACAAACAGAACGAGUCAACCGUUGCCUCGAAGACUACUUGCGCCGUAUGACAUUCCACAGACCUCAAGAUUGGGCAGCUUGGCUUACCCUGGCGGAGUGGUGUUACAAUAACCAUCACCAUAUCAGUUUGAUGAUGUCCCCUUUUGAAGCGUUGUAUGGCUUUCCACCUGCCUUCUUUGGUCUUGCAGACCAUCUCUCUUCUUCAGUUGGGGCAGUCGAGGAGAGAGUUACACAACAGCAGCAGCUUGUCCAGUUGCUGACCCACAAUAUUACUCAGGCACAAAAUCGUCAGAACCAGUAUGCUGAUAGGAGGAGAUCUGAGCAAGUACUGCAGGUAGGAGAUUGGGCGUAUCUUCGGCUGCAGCCCUAUCGUCAAGGGUCGGUAGUGGGCAGGCAUGGUAACAAGCUUGGGCCACGUUACUUUGGACCUUACUGAAUCCUCUCUAGGAUGGGAAGUGUUGCUUAUAGGUUGGCCUUGCCAGACGAUUCGAAAGUGCACCCAGUCUUUCAUGUGUCACAGCUGAAAUUGUGCAGGUCCAUAGUUCCUCUCGCUACCUUCCAUCUUCCCGACGUUGAUGACAGGGGCAGUCUCAAGUUGGCCCCGGCUCAGAUACUUGCUCGACGUUUCGUUAAUCAGAAUAAUCAGGCUGUCACUCAAGUUCUGGUGCAGUGGACACAUCAGGCUCCAGACGAGGCGACAUGGGAAGACUUGCAGACUUCAGUUCCCAGCAUUUCCGUCUUGAUGGUGUUCAGCUUGAGGACAAGCUGAUUCUGAAGAGAGCGGGUUUGUAACAACCUGCACAGCUGGCGGAACGACUUUACAGCUGGAGAUGACGUGGAAAGUGUAGAGAAGUAUAAAUAGCGAAAACAGUUCUGUAAUUGGCUAUCUUUGGACAAUCAUUCUUCUGUAAAACUUUACUCUUUAGAUAGAAAUAGAAUAGCUACUGCCUACUUCUCUCCCAAAUUAUUAGUCUUCCUCUCUUACUCUUUUCUCUAGCCAGAUAAUCCAUAUCCAGGUCCUUACAUAGUGAUGCGGGUCGGAUUGACGACGAUGGCGAGGUAGAAACGAUGACGGCGGUUGAGCUGCGACGGGGGUGGCGCGAGCGGCGGCGGUACUCCAGUAGGUCAGCUUUUGUUAUUUAAUUUUUGUAACUUGCAGAAUGGGGCUUUGGGUGAUAUGAUUGUGUACAGCUGUCUGGGGAAUGAUUCGAUGGAAAGAUGAAUUGGUGGAAGGGUGCUUGGAUUGUUUUUAUGAAAAGGUGAUUAGUUACUGGCAAGGAAGGGCUUUCUGGGUUGCUGUUUGUUUUUGUGUCUUGAGUAGAGAAAUGGCAAUGAUUAGUUUCUGGAAAUGGAUUGCAAUGGCCAUCUCCUCCCCUCCUAUUCCAUCUCGCUACCUCUUCUUAUACACCCAUCUCUUCAACCACUUCAGCCUAUCUCAUCUCUGUAAUUAAUUUUUUGUGCCCAGAUCCAGGUUCUCUCCCUUUUCAUUGAUUUUUCUGCACUGUACAGCUUGCAAGAAUACACGGUUGGACCAGUUGCAGUUGGGCUGAAUUAUGUGGGCUAUUUUUGUAGGUUUUUUUUGUGAUAGAUAGGGCUCGAAACCCCGAUAUGAUGGAAAAUAAGGGGGUGCUGAAUUUUCUGCAUAUAGUCAAACCCAAUGUACGAGUAUAUAAAAUGACCACUGCCCAAAAAAGUCAAAUAAAAAAGGUUGUAUGAGAUGUACUCGUGCUUUAAUUUUUUUUAUUGAAAUUAUUUACUUUUUGAAAAUCCGGACAAAAAUGGGUGUCAACACCCCUUAAAUCUCAAAAAUUACAAUAAACAUAUCAAGGAAAAAAAUCAUCCAAACGAUAAUAUUGAUUUCGGAUUUAUUUUGAAAUGGAAAAAAAUCUGUCAAAUGUAAUGUCAUCCUUAAAAUAAAUCAAAACUCAAAAGAAGAGGGCUAACAAUACCCUGUAAGCAAAGGAGAAUGACAAUUAUUGCACACUACAUCAUUUUCCCCUCUUUUAAAUGUGCCAUCUCGUUCUCUCUUUGCCUUCUUCUUUCUUUUCCCAUUUGUUCUUCCAUCUCUCUCUCUCUAAGCUUUGUAUCUCACAUCUCUGGCUCUCUCCCCCUUCCCUUCCUCUUUCUUCUCACUACUUGGAAUAGAGAGAAACCUAGAAACAUCCCAAUUACUUCUUCAAUUUUGCAUUCGAAAUGCUUCUUCUCCAUUCACUGUGGAUAGUGUGAAUAAGAGCAUCUGAAACUUGGCGAACAGAUGUCCGCUUCUUUCUCGAUGGAGCAAAGUAGUUUGAUAGCUUGUGAAUUAACUAAUUACUAAAAGUGAUAAAAACAACACUCGUUAAACCAAUUGAGUGAGUGUAUAGUUAGUUCAUCGCUUAAACCAUUUUAUUUAUCAAAAGAAUCAAAAUGCAUAAUCAGGAUCUUCUUCACUUAUUUACAUGUAUUGGUCGUAAAAAUUCAUUACCAAUAAAAAAUGAUUUUGAACCAUCAUAUUAAACUAAAUCUCAUCUUAUGAUUAUUGGUCCAAUUAUGUCAGAUUAGCAAUAGGUCUAAGGCUAUUGGUCAACCAGGCUAAAAUUUAAUACUAAUUUAAGAAUUAUAUAUCAUUUUCAAAUGUUUAAUACUCCAAUUCAAUAUAAAAUAUUCGAACAAAUGAUAUAUUAGUUUCAACCCCUUCCUCGAAUUUUUUAGACCAAAAAUCCCCCUCCCCCCCCUCCAAACACACACAUUUGCAAAGAGAUACUAAAUCCCAAUUUCUUCACUUUACUUGCUUCUAAAGUUACUGUUGACUUUGUUUGUUAUUACUGCAAGUUGUAAAAUAAACUUUUUAGCUAUGAAGUUAAUCAAGAAUGAUUUUAUGAAUGAGUGUUUAGUUGUAUACAGACAAAAAGGUUUGAGUCUCAAAAUAAACAAUGAAUUUAUUUUAUAACCUUUUAAAGGUUGUAAAGGGCUGAUCCACAUAUAUUGUCUUCAUGGUAUGUGCUAACUGUGUCGUGCUAGCUCGACCAUGUGCCUAGGGAUAGUUAUAUGCAUUCUAAUAAUUAAGUUUCUACUUAUUCACAACACCUAGAUUAAAAAACAGUCAUAAAUGCACCAAAUAUUCGAUUUUGACUACCUGAUGAAUUACUACAUUUGAACCAACUACCAUUGAUGUCAAAAAUAAUAAGAAACUUCUAAAUCAAAGAUAAAAUAUUUCAAGCAUCACAAAUAUUAAGAUUAAAUUAAUUCUUAUAAAGAGUAAAAAUUAUAUAAUGAGGUUAAUUAUAACUCAUUUAUAGCCCUAUAAAUUGAUCAACACAUCUAGAAAUGGUGAAAUAAACAUCAUAUUAAACCCAAUAUCGUCUCAUUAUUGUUGGGUCCAUUCAUGUCAGAUAAGUAAGAGGUUUAAUGAUUAUUAGUUAACCAGGCUAAAAUUUUAGAGAACCAUUCACCUAUAGUUUGUAAAAAAUAUUAUUCCUUCAUAGUAGUUCUGAAAAUUUAUAUUAAUUAAAUAAUUAUACAAUGCUUUUGCAUAUUCAAUACUGUAAUUCGAUGUGCAUUAUUUUAGGCAAUGAAUUUGGGUUGCAAUUUUAAGAUUAUUCGAAACUGUAUAGGUUAUAAAAUAUUAUAAAUCACUUAUUAAACUUUGCUACUUAGAAGAUAUAAUAGGCUAGCUAACCGUGAUAGAAAAGUCCUUCGCUUUUCAAAUCUUCGCCUAGUGUAUGUUUACAAUUUAAGAAGAUAAAACAAAUUUAUUUAGUGUAAUUGGCUAUGAUUAUUGUUUUUUGUUUGAAGAGACCAUGGUUGAAAUCUUGAUAUUGAUACUUUUUUAUAUGAAGUUGAUAAAUAAUUGUAAUGACAAACUUAGUUUUCCUACUUUCACUCUCAAUUCGCAAAAUUUGAAAUUGAAAAUCUUAAAACAUUAAAUGUAUCUUAUAAAAAGAGCUUCUUCAACCAAGUAGGAAAGAUAUUUUACCUUACAUUAUUAUAGGGUUAUAGGUACAAUAUGCCCCUCUACUAUGUAGUUUUAUCAAACAUGUCCUUGUACUUUGGAAAAAUGAUCAAACAUGCCCUUCUGUUAAAAUUUCCAUUAAAAAAAUUGCCAACCAUGGUUGAACCGAGAUGUAGAUGACCCGACAUCGGCAAAUGAGAGCGAAAAUGUCAGUUUUGUUCUCCAUUUUAUUUUUCUAGGUAUCGUUAAAGUGAAAUUAUUAGAGGUAUUUGGCUCUAUAAAAGAACCCAAAAAAAUUUAAAGUGAAAUUACCAAGGAUAUUUUAGACAUUUGUGUCGCCCAAACCAAGGUACCACCAUGAUUGACUGUUUUUGGAUGAAAAUAUUAACAGAAGGGCAUGUUUGAUCAUUUUUCUAAAGUACAAGGGCAUGUUUGAUGUAAAGAAUAGUAGAGGGGCAUGUUUGAUAAAACGACAUAGUAGAGGGGCACAUUAUACCUAUAACCCAUUAUUAUAUCUUAUAGAAAGUGAUUAAUUGUGAAAUUGGAACUCAAGUAAUAUUGAUUCAAACAUUAUAUAUUAAUUGUAUAUAUGGUUCAGUUUAGAAAAAAUACAUACGUGUAGCCAAAACAUGAACCCUUGUGACCAAUAUAGUAAUUUUUUGUGAAAAUCUACAUAUAAUAUAAAGAUAAAGUUGGCGCAAUGACGAAAAAGAGCUUCCUAGGAUCACUCUAAGACCAUGAAAUUUGAAUUGAGACUAUCAUUUUCCAAUUUUAUCAUUAUAUUAUUUGUACAUUUGACACAAAAAAAAAUGAAUAUACUCGUCACAAAAGCCCAUGUAUUGGUUACACUUUUGUAAUUGGUCUAAACUAAACUGUACAUAGAAUUUAUUAUUAAUGUUUGAAUCAAUGUUACUUGAGUUUCGAUUCCAGAACUAAUAUAUUUUUAUAUAAUAUAAAGAACUUAAGAUAAAAUAUAAAUAUAGAAGCAUCAUCACCAAACAUAUUUCUAGAGUUUAAUCAAAAGAAAUAACAAUAAGACAAUGUAGCAUAAUUGGUUAUAUUGCUCUGUCUUCAUUUAAGUUACCAAGGUGCAAACUCCAAUGAAAACGUUUUUAAUAUAUAAAGAUGAACAGUGUGCAAUGACAAAAAUGACCUUUCUAGAAUCACUCACAGGCCACGAAAUUUGAAAUGAGACAAGUUCAACCUAGGUUUUGCCUUUUAAAUAUCUUGUAGAUGGAUGGGUUCCCCAAAUUGUAUUUUUUUUAUGGUUAAAUAAAAAAUGCAUUAAGAACAGGUGGUCCCAAGAACUCUUGAGCACCUCUCAACUGUUCACAACCAUAAAAAAGGGGUGAAUUGCAAGUUUGGUCGCUCAUUUAAGUGACCAAGGUUCAAACACCAAUGAAAACGUUUUUUCAUAUAUAAAGAUGAAAUGUGUGCAAUAACAAAAAUAACCUUCCUAGAAUCACUCUCAGAUCAAGGUUCAACCCAUGUUUUGCUUUUUAUAUAUCUUGUAGAUGGAUGGGUUCCCCAUAUGGUUUUUUAUGGUUAAAUAAAAAAUGCAUUAAGAACAGGUGAUCCCAAGAACUCUUGAGCACCUCUCAACUGUUCACAACCAUAAAAAGGGGUGAAUUGCAAGUUUGGUCGCUCAUAUUAUCUAUUUGUAACAUGUUAGCCACGCGAAUAUUUUUUUCUUUAUUUAGUCACUAAUACUACAUGUUUAUGUCAUCCUUGGUAACUCGCCGUUAAGAUUUGUUAAAUCUAUCUUAGGUGGCAGUCAACUCUAAUGUUUGACCGUUAAAAAGCUGAUUUGUCAAUUAAAAAUGGGAGCCCACCAGCGUCGCCCUCCCCUCUCCGGAACAAGACUCGCUUGGGAUGGAAUUGAGAUUGGCACUAGGCAUAGAGAUUAAGGCUUCCUUUUAGCUCUUCUGAGUGCAUUAUCAAGACAGAAGCGAGAUGCGAGAAGGUGUGCAGUGCAUCUUUUAUAUCACCGGCUGUGACGAUGACAUGCUGGUGGAGGACUGAAGGAAUUUGGUGGUAGCUGAGUGAGUAACAUUAGUGGAGCCGGUCACAGCGGUGUUGUAGGGACGAGUAUCUUGUCUCUCACCGUUUGAAUUUUCCUUGAAAAGUUUGACAGCGGCGCGAUGGUUGAGAAGAUGCUUACUUUGGGACUGCAGGCGGCGACUGAUGGAGAAGGAAUUUGUAUGCAAAGAUGCAACCAAGAUAGAUCUAGCCCGCCACUCUACCUCUACCGUUGCUGCUCCUUCCUUCGACACUGAGGAUGAGAAAGAUGAGGUCUUCGAGCCUUGAAGGAAGCGCGGCCGGGACGAAGAGGAGCAACGCUUCGCUUCACACUCUGAUCCCCUCCCGCUACCUCCACGCCACCAGAAACUCACGAACCCAAGCAUUCCGCCGCAAAAUCCACCAAUCCUCUCCUCUUUCUCAUCGCAAAAUUCCUACCAUCACUGUGCGAAACAUCCUGUCGCAAAACCACAAUUGUCCCGGCGAAUCAAACCCAACGACGACAAACAGGAGGAGCAAUCGAUGUGGUCCAAUCUGUAAUUCACAAUUGCGUUGAUGAGGAAGAGAUCUAGACGACGUGAUUGGGAUCGGCGUGGAAGGAAUUCUGGGCAGAUGACAGAGCCAAGUCAGAGUCCUCCUCUAUUAUGGUGAUAGCCGGUAGGCCCGGCCCAGGUCCUGUGCUGGUCAGACCCACAUCACAGGGCCUCCAAAAUUAUGGGGCCUCACAACCAAGCCCAAUAUCCCAUAUCCAUAAUAUACAUACAUAUAAAAAUAAAAUUUGAAUUGAAAAAUGGAAAACGGAUAGGCAAAGCUUCGUGCGCCUCGUUGCCUCCUCCUCAUCUCCAUUUCCCAAAAAUCUUUACCAAUGAUUCAAUCCUUCCUUUCCCCAAAUUACUCACCUUCCAAACCAACGUCUCUAAGUCAAUAAAUGUUAAAUGUCUCAAUCCUCCCUUCAUAGAGUUACUCUGCCAAGAACACGCUCUUGCAUCCGCCCAGAUUCUCCCAUUUCCCUCAAAUUCGAAUUUCAAUCCUUUGCCGAAAUCAAUCCCUUGCUGAGGUAGCCGAAAUCAAUCCCCUUAUCCCCUCGAAUCCGCAUCAUCAGCAUCGGUAAGUACGAUUUUCGCCGUUGUUCCGACAGGUUUCGCUCCCGCUCGCGGCAAAUCAGUCUCAUGAUUUCGACUUCCAUCUCCCCGUCCCGCUAUCCGUCGUGGUUUGGUAAGUCUGUGCCUCCCUAGUUCCAAAUUCUUCUAAUUAUUUUUUUCGGUGCUGCCGCGAUGGAGUUUAGAGAUAGGAGACUCUGCUUUUUCUUGGAGACUGCCGAAUGGAGGUGUGAAGAGUGAAGACAGGAGACCCGUUGGGAUGAAUAGCUUUGAAAAGCUAUAAAUGACAUCCCAAUUAAUUAUCCAGUAUUAUCCCAUAAUACAUAAAUAAGAUGGAUAAUUAAUAAAAAGAAUAUUAUGGAGAUAAUUAGGAUUAAUUAUCUUAAUCGAUUAUAUUUUAAUUAUGAGAGUAAUUAUCUUCCUGAUUAAAAUGUGACUUAUUCCCAAAGAAAGAGGUAAUAUUCUGGGUUUUCUGCUCCCAUAAAUAGUAGACCCCUAGACCCUCUAAACACACCCCAGAAGAGCAGAAACACGAGAGGUCUGGUUUCGCACAAAACCGAUGAGCAACAAAUACAGAAUGGUUGUUUUAUCCUGGAGGCGACCGACUAAUAGUCUGCCGUGUGCAAUGAAGGCAGUGCCGCGAACUUCUUAAAGAGACCGACCUAGUCCGUGACUCAGCCAGAUUCGGUAACCCUAAUUUUUCUGUUUGGUUUCUAACAAUUUUAAGACGUUCGGUUGCUGUAGUGUGUACCGAACAUGAUACCGAUUCUGGCUUGAUCUAUUGCUAUCGCCAAGCCGCUCCAAAAAGGGUAUAUUGAAUUGCGUCCGCUGCGCUACACACUUGAUUUUGCCCCCAAACCGAUGGAAAACCCUCAUAUGCAUCUCAUUAAUUUUGCUUUCACUUUCGCAAGGAGUGCUUUCAGCAUUGUCCGGAUUGUCGAUCAAAAUUGAGGGAGAAACGCUGGUGGGUACAUGGACAAGGAGAUGAUCAAUCGAAGAAGUGCUGCUUCUAAUCUAAUCUUCUAAUCUAUCUAAUCUAUCUAAAUCAUUACUAUAUGGAGGUUCUGUUAAGUGACUAUGUCGUGCUUCAUUCACUCACCGAUUCAAGAACAAGAAUUGUUUUAAUGAUUCAGACAGCUUUGAAGACGAAAGUCUUCAAUUCAUUCAAGCAAUCAAACUAUUUCUAAAGUACGCCCUAAGAAUAGUGGUUCGGAAAUCAAAAUUAAAACAACCCUAACGGCUGAAGAACACAAAUAGAAAGAAGAACACAAGAGGAAGAGGGGCCCAGAUAGACUAGAGUUCCUGGCAAUAUGCCCCAACUCUAGUCAUCCAGACACUUAAACUCAACCCAAUCCGAAUGCUCCCAAAGAACUGACCCGAUCUAACUGAGCAAGGGAAACCGUUGCCUCUCUUCUUCUUGGGGAGGUCUAUAUAUAAGUCCAGCCGAUUCAACCUUCGGUCUCUCCUUCAACGUUGAUUACCAUUGAGUUGAAUUGAUGAUGGCGUCGAUCGAUGCACAGAAGACUCACAGUCGAGGUAUUGACUGUCUUUGAUGAUUAUGAUGCGAUGAGUAAAGGCGAAGACGCUCAAUGGGGUCUUGACGAGGUCAGAGACGAUGAUGCGAAUGGGUCAGUGGGCUUUCAGUGAUAGUGGGCCUUUUUGGUUAUGAAUAGGAGACGAGGCAAGGCCCAACAGGUUCUACUCCAGAACCCCUUCAAUUGUAAUUUUCUUGACUCCUGCGCAGUUGGCAGAGGGCCAUUAAAGUAAAAACAAUAUUUUAAUUGAUGGAAGGGGUUUUAAUUUGUACGGGCCAUUGAAGGCAGAAAAGGAGAGUUUAAUUAAUGUUGGCAGCUUCUUAAUUAUUUCCAUCCAUUUUAGGCUUACCUCCUCCAAAAAUUUAUAAAGGAAAUUUUUUAUUGUCUGAGUCUCUUAGACUAAAUAUCUAAAGACACCCAAUUCACGUUUUUUGUGUUUAUUCACGCCAUUUGGUGUUUGUUCACGUAAGAGUGUAAGUUAUUCACGUAAAUGAAAAUUCAUACCUAUUUCCUCCAAUAAUUUGUAAUGGCUAUAUUUUAUGGAAUUAAAUUUGGAUUAUCAAUUAAUCUGUAAAUAUGUGUUGCAUUGAUUAUAAGCUACACAAUGAAACUCAUUUCGAUAUAUUUUCAAGUUUAAAAUUUGAUUUUACAACGGCGUGAAUAAAUAACAAUAUGCGUGAAAAAACACCAAGUUGCCUGACUAAACAGUAUGGUUGCGUGAAUAAUCAACACUUUUACGUGAAUAACGCCAAUAUGACAUUAAUAAAUGAAAACAUGAGUGAAUUAUGUGUUCUGUCCGUCUUUAGAGGUACCAAGAGACUAUAUCAUAAAGUACAUUGCUAACAGUUGAUGAACAUAUAUGAGCAGCCUGAAAUAUUAAUUUCUAUUUACUGAUGUUACCACAUCGAGUUAAUUAAUGAAAAUUAUGGUGUCUUAUAUGGUGUAGUAUUGCGUUUUAUUUCCCUAAUACAUAUACAUUAUAGAUAUAGUUAAUGGGGUAGGGCACCUGUUAAUUAUAUGAAAAUGAAAUUUGAUUGUGAUAAUUGUGGGUUUCGUCAAUGGUUUUAUAUAAUCUUAGUUUUAUAGGUGAUCGAUGACAUGGGCAUUUAUAUACUACGUAGUAAGUAUCAUUAUUACAACAACAAGGCAAACAAACGAAGGGAGAACAGAAAGAAAGAAAGAUCACUCCUCACUCACUGAAGGUUUAGACUAAAUGAUUUUUGAAGGCUACUCUUAUGUGUUUUAUGCUUCGAAGAAAUACUUCAUGUGAGAGUCUUACAAACAACUAAAUAAUGCUUCAAUUCGUUCGUUAUUGAAUGUAAGUAUUUUUUUUAUUAGCAUAAGUAUAUACAUCUUACAAUUUAAUGUGUUCAUGUGAAGCGUUAUUCAAGAGAAAAGAGAGUUAUUUUUAUACCACCACGAGGUGUGGUCAGUAGUGGAUUAUAAUCAGUCUCUAUUUGAAUUGCAGAAUGAAUUUUCUUAUGGUAUGAAUAUCGAUGAAUCAUGAAUUGAUUAUAAACUCCCUAAAUAUUUGACACUACUAGAUCUUAAAAAACUACCAUUAUCCAUUUUACAUUUUCAGAAAUUAAUGCACAUAAGUUAGAGUUAAAGAGAAUUGAUCAACCAUUGACCAAAUUAGUAAGAAGGAAACAUGCUCUUUAUACACGGCAAAAGCGUAUAUAUGAAAAAAUUGUCAACAUUCUUACUAGUAUUUCAUUAUUUUAAUGUUUGUAUUCUAUUUAUAUGGUAUCAAAUUAUGUGUUAGAUGCUAGGAUUGCUUAUUUUAAUGAUUCCUCUUAAAAUGAAAUUAAUAACUUACAAACUAAGAGAAAUAGAUUGUUGAGAUCCAUCAAACUUGUCGAAAAUCAUUAUAAUCGUCUUUGGGUGAUGUGAUCUAGAGACUUUUCCUGUUUUAUGAAUAUUUUAAUUAUCCUUCAUUUAUUAUAUUAUUGAAAAUUUAUCAAAUGUAUCUCUUAUAUUGGAGUUUUAAUUGUAGUUGUUGAAGUGUUUGAUAUUGGACCCCAUCAUAUAAAUGUGAAUAUACUGGAGCGAUGAUGUGGAAGGGAGAAAGUACCAAACCCAGAAGGAAUCCCAAUGAAUCAAAGUUUUCAUU